GUGCCGCUGCCCAAAUCCUCGCAGGCAGCUCAUCAACGCAAUCGCAACUCCGGGUGGAGUCCCGGACCUGCAAGCCUGGGUGUCCGUGGGUCCGUCUGCCCGGCCAUCUGCUGGUGGCACCCCUCCUUCCUGCCCCUCCUGCCGUGAGCCCCACCUUGCAGAAGUGCAGCUCGCCCUGCGCAGCCCGGGAGCUCAGCAUGCGUCCCCCAGGCUUCAGGAACUUCUUGCUGCUGGCGUCCUCCCUCCUCUUCGCGGGGCUGUCAGCUGUUCCUCAAGGCUUCUCGCCGCCGUCUCUGAAGCCUGGACCUGGCGUUUGUCCCCCGCGCAGGAGCUGGUCGGGCGCCGCCUGCAGGCUGUCCCGGGCCGAGUCGGAGCGCCGGUGCCGCGCGCCAGGGCAGCCGCCAGGGGGCGCUCUGUGCCACGGCCGGGGGCGGUGCGACUGCGGCGUGUGCAUCUGCCACGUGACCGAGCCGGGCACGUACUUCGGGCCCCUGUGCGAGUGCCACGAGUGGGUGUGCGAGACCUACGACGGGAGCACCUGUGCAGGCCAUGGGAAGUGCGACUGUGGCAAGUGCAAAUGUGAUGAGGGAUGGUCUGGAGAUGCUUGCCAGUACCCAGCUAACUGUGACCUGACAAAGAAAAAGAGUAACCAAAUGUGCAAGAAUUCUCAAGAUGUUAUCUGCUCUAAUGCAGGUACAUGUCACUGUGGCAGGUGUAAGUGUGAUAAUUCAGAUGGAAAUGGACUUGUUUAUGGUAAAUUUUGUGAGUGUGAUGAUAGAGAAUGCAUAGAUGAUGAAACAGAAGAAAUAUGUGGAGGCCAUGGGAAGUGUUACUGUGGAAACUGUUACUGCGAGGCUGGUUGGCAUGGAGAUAAAUGCGAAUUCCAGUGCGAUAUCACCCCCUGGGAAAGCAAGCGAGGAUGCACAUCUCCAGAUGGCAAAAUCUGCAGUAACAGAGGGACUUGUGUAUGUGGUGAAUGUUCUUGCCACGAUGUUGAUCCAACUGGAGACUGGGGAGAUAUUCACGGAGAUACUUGUGAAUGUGAUGAAAGGGACUGUAGAGCUGUCUAUGACCGAUAUUCUGAUGAUUUCUGUUCAGGUCAUGGGCAGUGUAAUUGUGGAAGAUGUGACUGCAAAGUAGGCUGGUAUGGAAAAAAGUGUGAGCACCCACGGUCCUGCCCACUGUCGGCUGAGGAGAGUAUGAAGAAGUGUCAGGGAAGCUCGGAUCUGCCUUGCUCUGGAAGGGGUAAAUGUGAAUGCGGCAAAUGCACUUGCUACCCUCCAGGAGAUCGCAGGGUGUAUGGCAAGACGUGCGAGUGUGACGACCGCCGCUGUGAAGACCUCGACGGUGUGGUCUGUGGAGGCCACGGCACAUGUUCCUGUGGCCGCUGCGUGUGUGAGAGAGGGUGGUUCGGAAAGCUCUGCCAGCACCCGCGGAAGUGUAACAUGACGGAAGAACAAAGCAAGAGCCUGUGUGAAUCAGCAGAUGGCAUAUUGUGCUCGGGGAAGGGUUCUUGUCAUUGUGGAAAGUGCAUUUGUUCUGCCGAAGAAUGGUAUAUUUCAGGGGAAUUUUGUGACUGUGAUGACAGAGACUGCGACAAACAUGAUGGCCUCAUUUGUACAGGGAAUGGAAUAUGUAGCUGUGGAAACUGUGAAUGCUGGGAUGGAUGGAAUGGAAAUGCAUGUGAAAUCUGGCUUGGCACAGAAUAUCCUUAACAACCACAUGGGAGAGGACUGGAUUCUUACUUUUCUAGGCCAUUAGAACAUAUAAAUGCAAAGGAAACCAUAUAUAAUCACCACUAGGACAGGUUCAACAGACCGUUGUAUGUUUUCUAUUUCUGAAUGCCUGAAUGAAAUCUGGGUACUCAUUACAAAUGAGUUAAGCAAAUUCUGUUAUAAAUAACACUAAAAAGACUCUUUCUUCUAUAAUAAACAUUAAUGGUUCUCAAUGAGGGCAAUUUUGCCAUCCAAAAGACAUUUGGCAACGUUUACAGACAAUUUUUAUGGUCACACUGGGCGGGCUGGGAGGGUGCGGUACAGGCACCUAACGGGUAGAGGCCAGGGAUACGCUGAACAUCCCGCUGUGCACAGGACACCCCUGCGACAAAGGACUGUGUGACUCCAAAUGUCAAUAGUGCUGGAGUUGAGAAACGCUGAAUUACACGGUUGUUAGAAAUCCACACUCCUACACAAGAAAGACUAUAUUAGAAUCUAAAGAAAAGAUACAUCUUCACGUAAAUCAAUGGAUGAGAUUUUUCCAGAAUUCUCUAUCACUCAGCAUCUCCAUGUGGGAAUAGUGAAGAUAACACACAUGAGGUAUAAUGCCAGGUUGGGGAUGGAUCCAGGGAAGAGGCUGGUCAUUUUUAGCUAUAAAGUCAUUUGUCUAAUCUCACUUUACUUGCAAAAGAUUAUCUUAAGAUAAAGAAAGAAAUUAUGAAAAAUGUACAAUUUAACAUUUUUAAUAAAUAGUGACAGAAGUUGUUUAUA